AUGUCAAGAAUAAUACACAAGUGUUACAUCAAGGGUACUGAACUCCACAGGGAACCAAGGGUACCCUUCAAGGGUACUGAACUCCAGUGGGAACCAAAGGUACCCUUCAAGGGUACUGAACUCCACCGGAAACCAAGGGUACCCUUCAAGGGUACUGAACUCCACAGGGAACCAAGGGUACCCUUCAAGGGUACUGAACUCCGCCGGGAACCAAGGGUACCCUUCAAGGGUACUGAACUCCACAGGGAACCAAAGGUACCCUUCAAGGGUACUGAACUCCGCCGGGAACCAAGGGUACCCUUCAAGGGUACUGAACUCCACAGGGAACCAAGGGUACCCUUCAAGGGUACUGAACUCCGCCGGGAACCAAGGGUACCCUUCAAGGGUACUGAACUCCACAGGGAACCAAAGGUACCCUUCAAGGGUACUGAACUCCACAGGGAACCAAGGGUACCCUUCAAGGGUACUGAACUCCACAGAGAACCAAGGGUACCCUUCAAGGGUACUGAACUCCACAGAGAACCAAGGGUACCCUUCAAGG